AAUACUUCCGUUUUCAUUUUCUGAAAACGAUUUCCACUUUCAGUUCAGCAGCAGGUUUUCCAACUUGCACUGUUUGCUGUCAAGACAAAAAUGGUUUCUUGUAGUACAAUAUUUGGUGAAAACAUAAUAGAUCUGAGUGUAUCCUGAACAAGUAAAUGAAGUUUAAGGCCACUGAUGAGAUGAGUGGUGAUGGAAUUUAUCAGACUACCGGUACAAGAGAAAGUAAAAGCAUGAUUGAUUUAUUGUCAUCACCCAAGUUAAAAGGAGGAUGUAUGGUGAUUGGAUUGAUUGUCUUUUACAUAUUAUCUCAGUUUGCUGGAGCCCUGUUUAUAGUAUGCACUUCACUGUUAGGUAUUGUGUUAUUAUGUUUGCCAAAAAUAACAGGACAAUCUGGCAGUUCAAGAAGAGAAACAGACAGGGAAUCGGAAAAAGUAAUUACACGUCUGAGGAAAGAAAAUGACAAGUAUCGACAAGAAAGGGACAACACUCUGCAGCGAUUAUCUCCCAUGACUUCAUUGAAACAUGAAAAAGAAAACCUCCAAUCACAAAUAGAAAGACAAACUCGUACAACAGACAAUUUACUAGAUGAGAUAGCACAGCUAAAAAUAGGACAAAAAAUACAUCAGCGAGAAAAACUACAGUAUGCAGAAGAAUUGUAUGCAGAAAAAGACACCAGUAGAAGGAAAUGUUUGGAGAUAGAGAGAAAAUGUCAGGAGACUUUGGACAGGAAUAAUAAAGAUACAGAAAAUAUCAAAACCGCUCUAUUUCAACAAGAAUUAGAAAGUCAAAUGUAUAGAGAUCAAAGUUCAAGUCUGGCAGAAAGGUUAAGGACAGCUAUGGCGGAAGGGCAAUCAAUUGCAACUCAGUUACAAGCAGCUAGGAUAGAAGUUCAGAAAGAAAGCAGAGCAUGUGAAGAAUAUAAAAAGUCUGCAAAGAAAGCAUUUGACUCGAUGGAAAAAGAAAUAAAAAUGUUGGAAAAUAGACAUAAAGACACUGCAGAAUUAGAAAAAGUUAAGAAUGAGAAUAACUCGUUGAAGGUAGAGAACAGAAAUCUUAACCAGCGAGUCAUAGAUUUAGGCAAGGAGUCCGAGGUUCCACAGUGCAGUAUAUGUAUGGAACGAGAACGAAAUACAUAUUUAGACCCAUGUGGUCACACUCUGUGUAUGGUGUGUGCCACAGAAGUAAUGUCUCGCAACAGAAAAUGUCCAGUCUGUAGAAAACACUUAAAUAAAACAGGAGAACUUUAUUUUAGUUGAUAAAGGAGAAAAGGUAUAUUUUGAGGGCCAAAUAUAACUUUAUCGGAACCUUCUUCUGGUGUGUGUAUUAUCUUCAUAGUGAACAUAUUACCAUACCAAAAGAGUGGAUGCACAAAGUAUGAAUGUGUGAAGAUAUCAAAAGAAAGAAGCCAGCACUGUGGUAUAGUCUACUUACUGGUAUUUGGAUAACAAAAGUCCAUGUAUUUGGAUAUCAAAGUUAUUCCAAAGCAAGGUUUCAAGAUCUGACGUAUUUGAUUUAUCUUCAAGACAUGUUUGAUAUUUUGUAAAUUGUCUGUCUAAUACUAAGGGAGCUACCAUUUGAUUUUUAUGGGGGGGGGGGGGCUAGGAUGAAAUUUGAAAAAAAUAGGCAGGACAGGAGUUUUGAGUAAAAAAAAAAAGGCAGGAUGAGACACUUGCAAAAAAAAUUAUGUAAAAAAAGGCAGGAUAAACUAAAAAAAAAGCAGGACCGGAUAAAGUGAAAAAUAAAAAGGCAGGACAGAGAUAACAACUAAAAAAAAAUGCAGGACAACAUUUUUCAUCAUAAAAAUCAAAUGGUAGCUCCCUAAUCCAUUUUGAAUGAAGAACAUAACAAGCACUUUAUGUAUUUGGACAUACAAUUGUAAACAUAAUUCAAAGGAAUGUUUUUAGAUCAGACAUAUCUAAAUUAUCUUCAAGACAUGUUUGAAAAUUAUUUUAUAUUGUAUGUCCAAAUACAUGAAGUGCUUGUUAUGUUCUUCAUUCAAAAUGGAUUAGGGAGCUACCAUUUGAUUUUUAUGGGGGAGCUAGGAUGAAAAUUUUUAUAUUUUAUAUUGUCUGUCUAGAAUAUGGCUGAUCCAGUCCGAAUGAAGUACAUAGGAAGUGCUUGUAGGUUUUAUGUAUUAUGAAUAUAUACAUAAUUCCAAAGCAAGUUUUCCUGAUCAGACAUGGUGUAGAAAUGUGUGGGUUUCAUACCCGGCCAAAAUUGCAGUCGAACUCUGACCAAUUUUUAUACGACCGCAUUUUUUGGUCGUAUAUUGGUAUGACGUUGGCGUCGUCGUCUUCCGAAGACAUUUGGUUUUAGCACUAUAACUUUAGUAAAGGUAAACAGAAAUCUAUGAAAUUUAAACACAAGGUUUAUGACCAUAAAAGGAAGGUUUGGAUUGAUUUUGGGAGUUUUGGUCCCAACAGUUGAGGAAUAAAGGGCCAAAAAGGGCCUAAAUAAGCAUUUUUCUUGGCUUUUCGCACAAUUACUAUAAGUAAACGGAAAUCUAUGAAAUUUUAACAUAAUUAUGACCACAAAAGGAAGGAUGGGAUUGAUUUUGGGAGUUUUGGUCCCAACAGUUUAGGAAUUGGGGUCCAAAAGGGUCCAAAACUAAGCUUUGUUUGAUUUCAUCAAAAAAUGAAUUAUUGGGGUUCUUUGAUAUGCCAAAUCUAACCGUGUACAGUAUUUAGAUUCUUAAUUUUUGGUCCUUUUUUCAAAUUGUUUUACAUUAAGGUCCAAAGGGUCCAAAAUUAAACUUCGUUUGAUUUUAACAAAAAUUGAAUUCUUGGGGUUCUUUGAUAUGCUGAAUCUUAAAAUGUACUUAGAUUUUUGAUUAUUGGCCCAGUUUUCAAGUUGGUCCAAAUCAGGGUCCAAAAUUAAACUUUUUUUGAUUUCAACAAAAAUUGAAUAUAUGGGCUUCUUCAAUAUGCUGAAUCUAACCA